AUGGCUGUUCUCACGGAGUUGCUCGACACUCCCUAUCUGGUACAGGGUGUUUGCAUCGCUCUGGUGCUCAUCUUUGCGUCCAGCUUCUGGGAUGAUAUUUCUGAUGAAAUCCCCUACGGACGUCUGCCGCUGGUGGGCAAGACUGGAUGGGACCUAAGCAACCAGAAAGCCCGAUCUCGUUUCACCAGUUCCGCACGAGCAUUGAUUGCCGAGGGGUUCGCCAAGGGCGUAAAUGUUUUCCAGGUGAUGGGCUCGACCAGACCCUUGAUUGUUCUGCACCCGAAGUAUAUCGAUGAGAUCAAGAGCCACCCACACCUUAGCUUUGAGGGCGCCACGAGAAAGAAUUUUUUCGAAGAUCGCAUCCCUGGGUUCGAACCGUUUCACGCCGCGGGUGCUGGCAAGGUCCUUACUGACACAGUUCGGAUCAAGUUGACCCAGGCGCUCGGCUCUUUGACAAUCCCACUCUCCAGGGAGACAGCUGCGACGGUGAAAGAUGCCUUCCCUCCUUCGACAGAAUGGAAGACAUACAACUUCUCCCAUAAGGUGCCGUAUAUGGUAGCACGGAUCUCAACGCUGAUCUUCAUGGGAGAGAAGGUCUGCCGUGACGAGGAUUGGAUCAAUGUCUCGGUCAACUACACCAUCGAUGCCUUCAUGGCAGCCCGCGAGCUGCGUCAGUGGCCAUCCAUCCUGCGUCCGCUGGUGCACUGGUUCAUCCCGGCAACACAGAAGUUGCGCAAGCACCUAGCUGUCGCUCGGUCGAUUGUCAACCGAGAGAUCGAGAAGCGCGAGUUGAUCCGUGCCAACAAGCUGCCGGAUGACUCGCCUCGUACCCACGCCGAUGCCCUCGACUGGAUUGAAGAGUUGUCAGCGGCGUACAACCUACCCUAUGACCGGUCUCGAGGCCAGGUGGGAUUGUCCAUGGCGGCCAUCCAUACCACCUCGAACUUAUUAACAAACAUCAUGUAUGACUUGACGGCACACCCGGAAUAUAUCCAGCCACUGCGUGAUGAGAUCCGCACCGUUGCCGCCGAGGAUGGAGUUUUCAAGAAGACCAGCCUGCUCAAGUUGAAGUUGAUGGAUAGCGUAAUGAAGGAGUCGCAGCGAACCCACCCCGUGAGCAUGACCUCCAUGAACCGACUUGCUACCGCAGAAAUCCCCCUAUCAGAUGGCACCGUAAUUCCCAAAGGCGCGACCAUCGUGGUCUCAGCCCAAGUCAACGAAGACGAAUCCAUCUACCCCCACGCACACACCUACGAUGGCUACCGCUUCUACAAAAAGCGGCAAGAACUCGGUAACGAGCACCGCUUCCAGCUGGUUACAACGACACGCGAGAGUUUCGGCUUCGGCCACGGCUUGCACGCGUGUCCGGGCCGAUUCUUCGCUGCAAAUGAGUCCAAGAUCUUGCUCAUUCACCUGUUGCUCAAGUACGAAUGGAAGUUCAAGGAAGACCACGGGAGACCGAAGAACUUUGAGAUUGGCACCGAAUCCGUUACUGAUCCGACGGUUGAGCUGUUGUUCCGUUCUCGUGAGCCGGAGGUUGACCUGGCUGUACUUGGAGAGUGA